AUGUUGAAGUUGUCUACCAGGCCUUCAAUCCGUCUUCUGAUACAAUCCUGCAAAACCCUUUGCCAUCUUCAGCAGUUCCACGCUCACAUUAUUUGCAGAGGCCUCGAGCAAGACCAUUGGACCAUCUCCAAUUUACUGAAGCUAUUAACGUCACUGUCGGCGUCUCUUUCGUACUCGACCUCGGUUUUCAACAGAGUGGUCGCUCCUUCCACCUUGCUCUACAACGUUCUGUUGAAAGGUUAUUCUCGGAAUUCCCGUUCCAGGGAGUCAUUUCUGCUAUAUACGAGGAUGAAGAAGAGUGAUAGUGCGUCCCCAGAUGAGUACACUCUCUCUUCCCUCCUGACCUUGUGUUCGCGUGAAUGUAAGUUGAGAGAAGGUCAAAUUGUUCAUGGGUCGGCGAUUAGAUACGGGGUCGCAGUUGACAUGUUCGUGGGUUCGGGUUUGAUUGACUUUUAUGGUAAAUGUACUGAGAUGAUAAGUGCAGCUAAAGUGUUCGACGAAAUGCCAGAUAGAAACGUUGUGUGUUGGACAGCACUGGUUGCUGGGUAUGCAAAUGCUGGGGACAUGGGCAAUGCUAGGAAUGUGUUUGGCCGAAUGCCAGUGAGGAAUUCGGUCUCCUGGACUGCUAUGAUCAUUGGGUUGGUCAAAACCGGAGACAUUGUUGGUGCGAGAAAGUGGUUUGAUGAAAUGCCUCGAAAGAAUGUGGUUGAUUAUACUGUUUUAAUUGAUGGAUAUGCCAAGUCCGGAGAUAUGGCUUCUGCAAUGGCAUUGUUCGAAUCUUGUCCAGAGAAAGAUAUUGUGGCAUGGUCAGCAUUGAUAUCGGGAUUUGCUCAAAAUGGUAUGCCAAAGCAGGCUUUGGAAAUGUUUAAAGAAAUGGAGUCUGGGGGUGUUAAACCUGAUGAAUUCAUCGUGGUGAGCUUGAUGUCAGCUUGUGCACAGAUAGGUAGCUUGGAUUUGGCCAAAUCGGUUGAUUACUACCUGAGCGAAACCUCGAUUGAUGCUUGUCAAGCUCAUGUCAUGGCUGCCCUUAUUGGCAUGAAUGCAAGGUGCGGGAACAUGGCUAGAGCAGAAGUAUUGUUCAACAGAAUGCCUCAGCAUGAUCUGAUUACGUAUUGUUCUAUGAUAAAAGGAUAUUCAAUUGAUGGGCGUGGUGAUCAAGCAAUUGAACUAUUCAAUAGGAUGCUAGAUGAGGGGUUGGUUCCAGAUGAGGUUGCCUUUACAGUGAUUUUGUCAGCUUGUAGUCGAGCUGGCCUUGUGGAAGAGGGUUGGAAUUUUUUCACUACUCUCACGGAUAAGUACUCCUUAGUCCCAACUCCUGACCACUACGCAUGCAUGGUUGAUCUUCUGAGUAAGGCAGGACGGCUUGAAGCUGCUUACCAGCUUCUAGUAUCGUGCCCUUUAGAGCCUUAUGCAUGUGCUUGGGGUGCACUUCUUGGAGCUUGUAAGCUUUAUGUUAAUCUUGAGUUGGGUGAGAAAGUUGCCACUAGACUAUUUGAGCUUGAACCACAAAAUGCCGCGAAUUAUGUGCUGCUGUCUGACAUUUAUGCUGCAUCAGAUCGUUGGUUGGAUGUUUCUCUUCUUAGAGAAAAGAUGAAGGAGAGAGGGCUUAGAAAAGUUGGGUUGCAGUUGGGUAUAGAGCUUAAACUGUGGAUUCUUGGUGUUGGCUUAAUGACAGCAUCUUCUGCUCCAGAUUUGUGGUUCUGUCCAUAUGGAGAACAUCAUUUCAGUUCUCAAGUCAGGAAUGCAGUUGCUUUCACUGUUAAUCAUGGCACAGUGACAAAAAUUGUAGCAGGCAUCUUCCCCGAGAUGGAACUGAAAUCCUCUGCACCCAUGGUGACUAGAAAAGUGUGCACAUUGGAUUCCCCAACCUCAAGUGGAUCAGUCUCUCGUGAUACGAUCUAUUGGAGAGCAACUAUUGCAGAAGAUGCCGCCAGAAUCAGGGUGAAAACCGAGAAGAGAGGAAGAGAAGACCUGAAGAGGGAGGGCAUCCAUGUUGGCGCUGAGAGCAAAAACUGGCUUGUCACCGUUUCCAUUGGAAGCGACCACACCACAGUGAGCAACUCGCCAUUUAUAAUCAAUCCCAAGUAAAUCAAGCUCUGCUCGAAUGAUCUCACUAGUUCUGUGCUCUUCAAAACCUAGCUGUGGAAAAACUCAUGAAUCCUCCGUCUGAUCCCUCUCGUCCACUCAAAGAACUCCGGCUCCUUUGCCGAUGCCGUGAGUUCCUUAGUCAGUGACUCCAACCCUGGAUGUUCAUUGCCGGCGACGGUAAAACCAAGAGAAUGACCCAACAUCAGUAAAUGAUCAGCAAGAAGCAACAACUGGACCGGCCGCAUGCGACUCCGCCGUGGGCGUGGG